AUGGCUGCUGAGAGCUCAUGGGCAGUCAUACUUCUGGCUGUUCUUGUCCUGGCUAUCUUUGCUGAUCCCUGUGAGAGCCAAGAGUUGCGAUGUCAGUGUAUUCAGAUACAUUCUGACUUUAUUUCUCCCAAAUUUAUUACAAAUGUUCAGUUGAUACCUGAAGGUGCCUACUGCAGCAGAAAAGAAAUUAUAGUCACAUUGAAAGAUGGGAAAUUAAUUUGUUUGGAUCCUGAGGCUGAUUGGGUGAUGACUAUUAUAAAAAAGAUUAUGGACAGGUACAAUUAA